AUGAGUAAGUUCUUUGAAGAAAAGCAUCAUUGUUGUGAGGAUUCUUUUUGGAUAUUACUUGUGAUGAGUCUUGUUCUAGCUGUGUUUGCUGCUAUUACGUCUGGACUCGCUCUAGGGCUCUUGUCAUUCAACCAAGUUGACCUUGAGGUCUUUGUUAGAGCUGGUCAGCCUAAAAUCCAAAAGCAUGCAGAGAAGAUUACGUCCAUUGUUAAGAAUGAGCAUUUAGUUCUAUGUACUCUUCUCCUCGCCAAAACGAUGGCCCUAGAGGGAGUGUCUAUUGUCAUGGAGAAAAUGUUUCCUGAGUGGCUUGCUGUUAUCUUCGCUUGCACACUUAUAGGGCUCGUUGCAGAGAUUAUCCCUCAAGCGCUGUGUUCUCGAUAUGGAUUAAGUGUUGGUGCAACGCUGUCUCCUUUUGUUCGAGCACUUUUGCUGCUUUUCUUUCCCCUUGCUUAUCCAAUUAGCAAGGUUUUGGAUUGGUUGCUUGGAAAGGGGCAUGCUGCACUUUUAGGACGAGCAGAACUCAAGACUUUAGUGAAUUUACAUGCUAAUGAGGCAGGGAAAGGUGGAGAAUUGACACGCCACGAAACUUCAAUAAUUGCUGGAGCCUUGGACUUGACGCUCAAGACAGCCAAGCAUGCAAUGACACCAAUAAGCCAAACAUUUUCUCUUGAUAUUAACUCCAAACUUGACACGUAUACGAUGGGCUUGAUAAUGAGCAAAGGUCACAGUCGGGUGCCAAUCUAUUCUGGGAAUCCAACAAAUAUUAUUGGUCUUAUUUUGGUAAAGAAUUUAUUAUUUUGUCGUCCUGAAGAAGAAACUCCUAUUAGACACCUCACUGUCAGAAGAAUUCCAAGAGUGGGUGAAGAUUGGCCACUAUAUGAUAUACUAACUCAAUUCAAGAAGGGUCAAAGCCACAUGGCCGUUGUCAUGAAGAACCAAAAGGACACAAGAACUACUUCCAUUGAUGCACGAGUUGGUGCUUCGAUUGAGAAGGGAGAUUAUGUGAGCAUCUCCACAGACUGGAAUUCACUAGAAACUGAAUACUAUAGCGCAACACUAAAGAAUAUGAUGGACAAUGAGGGUAACAACAGUUCAGAUCCACUACAACAACAUAAGAAAUUAAAACAAAUCCAUGAGAUUGAUCCACAAGAGAAUAAUUCUGAUCAUUCUCUUCAAAGUAAUCAUGACCAGCAAGUUACUGGAAUCAUAACUUUGGAAGAUAUUAUGGAGGAGCUUCUUCAGGAAGAUAUUGCGGAUGAAACUGAUGCAUAUGUUGAUGUUCACCAAAAUAUUAGGAUCAAUUUAAACCAUUCAAGAAGAGUAUCAUCAUCGUCAAGGUCGAGGUCGUUUCAUAGGCUUUCAACUUCUUGUCGCCAAUGGAAAGUUUUAAACUCGUCAUCACAAAUUUCUUUCUUUAGCCCUUCCGAUAAUUUACCCAUUUCUCCACCAAGACCAAGCUCCACUGCAUGCCAUCCUUAG